AUGUUUGUCUUAACAGAUUAUAUACCGCGCCCCCGCCGUACAGCUAUACAAACAAUUUGCGCACAUGAGGAGCACUCGUGCGGGCCGCUCCCUAAAACCGCGCGUAACGAAAUCCCGGCCAAAUUAACUGCGGAACCCCGCGGCGCCACGGAUGAAUUUGAGCAGUCGCUACACAUCGCAACUCCCCCCGACCGCAGGCCAAGCCCCGCGGACCCC